AUGGGAAGAGUUUUAAUUAUUCAUUAUCCACCGCUUGGAAUUGCUGGAAGGCUAGCUGUUGUUUUGAGGUCUAUUAUUGAAAAUGGGAGACUUACCUUAACUUUAUUUAUACCAACUUCAACCACUUCUGCUGCCAAUGAUGUUAAACUAAAAGCUUUUAAUGCUUUAAAUAAAGAGGAAAGACGUUCAAAAGCAGAAAUUGGAUUGUUAGAACAUGCUCUUUUACAUGGAAUUGAUGGAUUAGAUGUAAAAACAUUUUCGGAAUAUACUCCAUAUACAAUUUUGGAAACAACUUUGGAUUGUCUAUUAGCAGUCUGUAAACGUACAAUACCUAAACUCGAUGCAGAAGCAAUAAAUCAAGAAUUUCAACGUUCCAAACAACCAUCAAAUCGGUCAAAUUCUCCUGACAGAAAUAUAAAAAAAAUAAUUUUUGAAUUAAAUCAAUUAUCAGAAAAAAUUGUAAAAAAUCAAAAAGAGGUAGAAGAAGAAGAAGGAAAAAAUGACAAAAAAAUAGAUGAAUUUGUACAUAUUUUGGGAAUGGAUUUGGACAAAAAAGAAAUAAGUUUAGUUGAAAGUUUGAGGGUAGUUUUGUAUCAAAGAAGAGAACUUGUUAAUUCAACUGUGUAUCCUUGUAUUAAAUGCCCUGAUAUUAUUGAACAUAUGAAUCUAGUCAUAAAUAGACGCCAAAUGGAACAAAACAUACAAACACUCGUUCAUCAAACCUCUUCACAUUCCAUGUCUGAAGAAUCAGCAGGCCGUUUAAAAGUUUUAAGAACACUUGGGUACAUUGAUCGCGAAAAUGUGGUUGAAUUAAAAGGAAAAAUUGCAUGUGAAAUUAGUAAUCAGGAAUUAUUAAUUAGUGAACUAAUUCUCGACAACAAAUUUCAAGAUAGAAGUCCACCAGAAAUUGCAGCAAUGUUUUCAGCAUUUACAUGCCAACAUGGAAGAAAUACUUCUAAUAAUAUUAGAAGACAUAAUUUAAAUUUCAAUAAAAUAAAUCCAAGAAAUGGUUCAACUUCACAAAGUACAGAAACCUCAAUAAGUAAUGAAAGUCAACAACAACAGGAACAAGUUGAAAGAGUGCCUAUUGAAAUUUUGAGAGAGCUAGAAACAGACUUAACUGAAACUGCCAUACGUAUUGAUGACGUCCAAAAAGAAUGUGGUGUUUUUAACUCACCGGUGAUUGAAGAAUUGAAAUUUGGAUUGAUGGAAGUUGUCUAUCAAUGGGCGAAUGGAUUGGAAUUUUCCAAAAUAAUGCAAUUAACUGAUGCCCAAGAAGGUAUAAUUGUAAGAUGUAUUCAACGUUUGGAUGAAGUUUGUAAAGACGUUAAAAAAGGUGCAAUGAUUAUUGGAAACCCUGAACUAGCAGAAUUAAUGGAAGAAACUAGUAAUGCUAUUAGACGUGAUAUUGUUUUUGCAGCAAGUUUAUAUGUUACAGAGGCUGAGGCGAAUGAAUAAUUUUAUUUUUUUAAAUUUUAUUAUCAUUUUAAAAAAUUUUAUUAUAUAAUUGAGAAGAGUUUGUCUGCUAUAUUUCAAAUAUUCUAUAGACAAGUGGCGGGGGGGGGGGUCUUAUAAUUGUAAAAUGAUCGGAAUAAGGGUAGAGGUGAAUCGGAAAUGACGAAGGUGCCGGAAAUCUGAACUAUCGGAAAUGGCUCAAAAGUCGGAAAUCCGCCUAAAUUUUCGGAAAUCGCGAGGAAAAAAACGCCUGAAGUCGGAAAUCGGAAUUCCGAUUCACCUCUGAAGAUGGGUAGGGGGACUCCCUUUUCAUCUUUCCCAAAGUUUCGUAUUUGAGGUGUAUCAUUGUUAGCCUCUCAUCAUGUUU